UUGUUUUUUUUUUCUCCCUUCUUAGAGGAAACAGGAAUCAGGGAGAGGAUAAGAAAACAACCAUUAUUUUUCACUUGCCUACAGCAAGUAAAAGCUUCAGCUGAAAUCAAUGGCGGCAGUGGUAGCAAUGAGCAACUGCAGCUUCUCUGUGCUCACCUCCACCGUAAAGCUCCGCUGCUCCGUCUCCGCACGACGGCGCUUCACCACGUUGCGAGGUUCGGUUCGUUCGGUCGCUCCCAAAGCCGCCGAUCAGAGGAAGCGAGUUUCGCAUUCGAGAAAAGGCUCGUUGUCGUCGUCUUCGUCUGAUAAAUCCAACAGAGAGAGAGAUUUUGUUAGUGAAAAGGAAUUUCGAAGUAAAUCGAAGGAUGAAAGUGCUUACCUAUACGCGAAUGGAUGUAAAGGCGGAGGAGAUAUCAGAAAACCUCAAACGACGGCGUAUAAACCGUUUGGAAUGCAAAGGAAGGAAAAGAGAGAGUUUAUGUCGGAUUCUAAGGAGCAACAGGUUGAGCCGGGAAAUUUUCAAGAUGCAGCUUUUCUGAAUGCUGUUGUUAAGGUUUACUGCACACAUACAGCACCUGACUAUUCUCUUCCUUGGCAAAAGCAAAGACAAUAUACGAGUACCGGAAGUGCUUUUAUGAUUGGAGAUGGGAAGCUUUUGACAAACGCACAUUGUGUUGAGCAUGAAACACAGGUUAAGGUGAAGAGAAGGGGAGAUGAUACCAAAUAUGUUGCCAAGGUUUUAGCCAGAGGUGUUGAUUGUGAUAUUGCUUUGCUGUCAGUAGAAAGCAAGGGAUUCUGGGAAGGAGUUGAACCACUCAAUCUUGGACGUUUGCCACAUCUUCAGGAUUCAGUAACUGUCGUAGGAUAUCCCCUUGGAGGAGACACUAUUUCAGUAACAAAGGGUGUUGUAUCACGUAUAGAGGUCACUUCAUAUGCCCACGGAUCAUCUGACUUGUUGGGCAUUCAAAUUGACGCGGCAAUAAACCCUGGUAAUAGUGGGGGUCCUGCAUUCAAUGACCAAGGGGAGUGCAUCGGCGUGGCGUUUCAGGUCUACAGAUCUGAAGAGGCUGAGAAUAUUGGUUAUGUGAUUCCAACUACAGUUGUGUCGCAUUUUUUGAAUGAUUAUGAGAGGAACAAGAAGUACACAGGUUUUCCUUGUCUUGGCGUAUUGUUGCAAAAGUUGGAGAAUCCAGCACUACGUGAAUGCUUAAAAGUAAAGUCUAGUGAGGGUGUCUUGGUGCGUAGAAUCGAACCCACUUCCGAUGUGCAUAAUGUCUUAAAGAAGGGGGACGUGAUUGUAAGCUUUGAUGAUGUUCAUGUAGGGUGUGAAGGAACAGUGCCAUUCCGGUCGAAUGAGCGUAUUGCAUUCCGAUAUCUUAUAAGUCAAAAAUUUGCAGGUGAUAUUGCAGAGCUUGGUAUUAUUAGGGCAGGGGAAUUUAUGAAAGUUAAAGUAGUUUUGAACCCACGAGUGCAUUUGGUUCCUUAUCAUAUCGAUGGAGGUCAGCCUUCCUACUUGAUAAUUGCUGGUUUGGUAUUUACCCCGCUUUCAGAGCCGCUGAUAGAAGAGGAAUGCGAAGACUCUAUAGGGUUGAAGCUAUUGGCAAAGGCACGUUACUCUCUGGCUAGAUUCAAAGGGGAACAAAUUGUAAUCUUAUCCCAGGUCUUGGCAAAUGAAGUUAACAUUGGGUACGAGGAUAUGAGCAACCAGCAGGUUUUGAAGUUAAAUGGAACCCGGAUUAAAAACAUUCAUCACUUGGCACACCUUGUAGAUUCAUGCAAGGACAAGUAUUUGGCCUUUGAAUUUGAAGAUAAUUACGUAGCCGUCUUGGAGAGGGAAGCAGCUAUUACUGCUUCUUCAUGCAUUCUUAAAGAUUAUGGUAUUCCAUCUGAAAGAUCCGCUGAUCUGUUGGAGCCGUUUGUGGAUUCACUGGGAGACAACCAAGCAUCAGAUCAGGAUUAUGGUGAUAGCCCAGUUUCAAAUUUUGAAAUUGGUUUUGAUGGGAUCAUUUGGGCAUAAUAGUUAUAUCUUCCGACUUCAGAGGUUAAUCUGAAUUUUAUCACUACUCAGUGCAUGAUAAUAGGAGGCAUAUUGUUGUAUCUGGUAAAAAAGGGAUAUCAGAGGACCUGCUUUCUCCAGGAUGCCAUAACAGGUAAUUAAAGUUUCUCGGGGGUUUCUGUUUGGUUGGAUUCUCUGAUUGCUAGCUGGUGAGAACGAUUUUUCAAAUAGAUUCUUAUUGUUGAGGUGGGCAGUAAUGGUAUUCAGAGAUUGCUGCGGUCAGCCUUUCAGAUUAUUCAUGUAUUUGAAAAAUUAAUUACAUUUGAUUAACAGGAAUAAAAGAAAAAGAAUCGAUUCUUUUUAGGCUGCAAUGUACUCUUAGCAUUAUGAAGUGAUCAAUGUUGAAUGUCACCAUUCUUUAUGAAUGG